CCUGUGUCCCCCUGGACCUCCAGGUCCUCCUGGACGAGCAGGCUUUCCGGGCUUAAAAGGACAAGCAGGGGAGAAGGGAGCACCAGGCGAGCCAGGUCUGUCUAUCAUUGGACCAAGAGGACCUCCUGGACAACCUGGAACAAGAGGAUUUCCAGGCUUUCCAGGUCCAAUUGGAUUGGAUGGCAAGCAUGGACAGAACGGACCGAAGGGAGACAUGGGUCAGCGUGGUCCUAGAGGACUUCCAGGGGAACCUGGACCCAAAGGGGAGAAGGGCAUAUGUGGAGACUUCACACACCGGAAGCGGCGUAUUGUACAGCCCUGUGGUGGACAGUUGGCCACACAGGGCGAGCCUGGCAUGCAGGGACCCCCAGGACCUCCAGGGCCUCCCGGACCCCCAGGGACCCCAGGCCUGAAUGGAGCCAGUGGCCCACCAGGUAAGUCUGGUGAACCAGGCAAACCAGGAAAAGACCCAAGGCUUUUACCAGGACUGAAGGGUGAGCCAGGUGUGCCAGGACAAAAGGGUGAUCGAGGUGAUGUCGGCCCACCAGGUCCUGAAGGGCCAAAGGGAGUUAAGGGAGACCAAGGAAUUAAGGGAGAAGCAGGUUUCCCAGGCGCUCCUGGGUUAAAGGGUCAGGCUGGCAUCCCUGGUACCCCAGGCAUCCCUGGCAAGAGGGGCUACAGGGGUGACAAAGGCGACCAGGGAGAUAAGGGGGAAAUAGGUCCUGAAGGCUCAACUGGACCAAGAGGUCCUGCAGGCCCAACUGGGGAGCCAGGAAAGGCUGAAAUCCACAACAAUGAAAAUGAUAUUCGCAACAUACCUCUGAUGGGCCCCCCUGGAUUACCUGGACUUCCAGGACCUCCUGGACUCCCUGGUACCAAGGGUGAAGUUGGUCUACCAGGUUCUCCAGGACUGGACGGAGAAAAGGGACCCAGAGGGAAGCCUGGAGAGCCUGGUCCCACAGGCCUAGUCGGUCCUGAAGGUCCUAAAGGUCCUAAAGGGGAGAGUGGUGUCAUUGGCUUCCCGGGACCUAAGGGAGACAUUGGUCCACCUGGAUCACCUGGUUUAGAUGGCCCUACGGGUGAAAAGGGGGCUACAGGGGGCCCUGGCCCUAUUGGAAUAUCUGGCGCAAUGGGUCCCAAAGGAGAACCUGGAGAAGGAGGAAGGUCAGAAAUGGUAAAGAUCUAUGGUCCUCAAGGGCCUCCAGGACCUCCAGGACCAGUUGGCCCAGCAGGAUCUCAAGGACUUCCAGGGCCUAAGGGAGAACCAGGCAUGGGCAUCAGAGGAGAAAAGGGAGCAACAGGUCAGAAAGGCGAAAAGGGAGACAAAGGCCAUCUUGGACUCCCUGGGGCUCAUGGGUUAGACGGCAGUCCGGGUCCAGUGGUGCCAGGGCCAGCAGGUAUGCCAGGGCCAGCAGGACCAAAGGGAGAAAGAGGUGAAAGGGGAGAUGUGGGAUUACCUGGACCAAUUGGACCACAAGGCAUCCCUGGUUUAGCAGGACCACAAGGACUCAAAGGGAACCGGGGAGAGAGGGGCAAGAAAGGCAACAGGGGGGCCAAAGGGGAUAAGGGAGACCAAGGAGCACCUGGAUUAGAUGCCCCCUGUCCGUUGGGAGACGAUGGCUUACCUGUGCCAGGAUGUUGGAAUAAAUGACAAUAACAUUGGAAUGGCUUGUGUGAUUGUAAAUAGUAUAUUUAUUUUUUUACUUUUUCCCAAUUCUGCUAUCAUCGAGAAAAAAGUAAAAAUCCUAAAAAUAUAUGACAAAAUGUUUGUACAUAUUGUCUAUUUUAAUACGUAUAAUUAUGGAAAACUGCCAAAAAAUCAAAGGUAAAUAAAUAUAUGACUCAAAUAAAUUAAUAUGCCGUUAAACGCACCAAAAACAAUGUGGCAUAAAUUGACAUUUCUGAUUUAAUUUGCUUCUGUAUUAAUUAGAGAUGUACCAAUUGCAUGGCUAAUUCUGAUACAAGUUUUUAAAGGGCUGACCUACCAAUUCUGAUUUUAGCCAGUUCUGAUUUUCUUUCUUUCAAAGAACUAUAAUUGACAGCAUACACAAACAUUUUUGGAACGUUUUUUUAAUGGAAAAUUCUUUCUUUAAACACAUUUGGCCGGCACAGGAUCAGGUAUGUGACAGUGAUCGGCCCUGGCCAUGGCCGAUUAAGCUGAAAAUCAUCCGAUUCCAGUCACCAUCCAAUCAAUCUACUAUUAAUCCCCCUAUUUAUUUCCUUUGUCAUUUAAUUUUCCAUUUAAUCUAAUGAUUAAAUGAUUAUUUUAUUUUUGUAUUUAAAGUCCCCAUGAAAUCAAAAUCGAUGUUUAUUUGUUUUUAUUGCAAAUGCCUUGCACUAUAUGUCCCUAAUACACCAGCAUCUGGUCCAACAAUGAUAAACAAACAUUGUUUUGGAGGUAUUCUUGAUGGUAUUUUAGAGUUUGUCAUUACCUGGAAAACGAUUUUAAAAUGUUGAUGACAUCCUGCACUCGGGGGCGUGUAUUAAUUCAGCAUCCAAUGAAAAGCUUUCUAAUUUUUAUGAUGCCACUGGAGUGUAGUGUUUCUGGGGGCCAACCUCACUGAUUACUGUACAAAAACAAAAACAUAUCUUAACUGAUUUUGGUGAAACUGGAUCAUAUUUGAUGGAGAACAAUAUUUUCUGGUUCUCCCUCUGAUGUCCCCCGGCUGCCCUGCCUCAACUAUCUGUGAUUUACAGAGUUUGCUGAUGAACAGAUAGCUUUAGCUUGUUGCUAAAGUAAGAAGAUUGUCACAUACAUGUUGUGAAAUUCAUUCUCUGCAUUGAACCCAUCCCUCAAGGGAGCAGUGGGCAGCCACUAUGCAGUGCCCAGAGACCAACUCCAGAUGUAUAUAUCAGUGUUUAGUCAGUGGGCCUGGACUGGGAGCUACCUAACAUGUUUUUGAUGGUGGGGUAAAACAGAGCAUAACCACACAGGGAGAACAUGCAAACUCCACACAGAAAGGCCAGAACGACCGGGGUUUGAACCCACAACCUUCUUGCUGUGAGGCCACAGUGCUAUCCACUGGACCACCAUGCUGCAGCUAACUGCUACUAGCUGCUGUUAGUUAGCUGUCAUAUUAGCUGACUAUGCCUGGACUGGGAGCUCGGAGCACUGGGGAGUGUUUUAUGUUACACUUCUAAUAUUACUGAAGCCAUGGAGGUUUUCAGGCCAGGGGGCUUUAUACAGUCUAUGGCCAGGGAUGGGGGAGCGUGCAAUGACACCGCGUUCAGCAGCCUCCCAGUGAACACAGUCUAAACAGGAACACACAGUCUCAAAGACCAUCAGGGAAUACAGUACCGAGGUGAUUUACAGAGCUUCAGGAUGGACAGAUAGCUUUACUUUUUGCUAAACUGUUAACUGCUGCUAACUGUAUCUUUCUGCAUCUGUAGUUAGUUAGCUCAGGCUGCUAGCGGUCCUGUUAGCUGACUCCGGUCCCAAGGUUCCAAGACCCAAACCACGCAAGAAAACCACCCCGUCAAACUGGCCUCGGGGAAUCGGGGAAUGUGUUUAGACCCGGCUGCUGUGUUCACUCAGCGGGAGCUGGAACCAGUCUGCACAGAGUCUGCAUGACGGGUUGCGGGCGUAACGCAUAUUCAGCGCUAUUGGCUACUGCAAAAGUCAAUCAAUAUUUGCAACAAGUCCCUCCACUUUGUGUU